AUGGUCUUAGAAGCAUCAAAAGCAUCAUCUUAUUUAAAAGAUUAUCCAAAAAAAGAUGGUUUAUCAAUAAAAGAAUUGAUUGAUUCAACAAAUUUUGGUGGUUUAACUUAUAAUGAUUUUUUAAUUUUACCAGGAUUAAUUGAUUUUCCAAGUACAAAUGUUAAAUUAGAAAGUAAGCUUACCAAAAAAAUUACAUUAAAUUCACCAUUUGUUUCAAGUCCAAUGGAUACUGUUACUGAAGAAAAUAUGGCUAUUCAUAUGGCUCUUUUAGGAGGUAUUGGUAUAAUUCAUCAUAAUUGUACAGCAGAAGAACAAGCAGAAAUGGUUAAAAAAGUUAAAAAAUAUGAAAAUGGUUUCAUUAAUGAUCCUGUUGUUAUAAACCCAAAAGUUACAGUUGGAGAAGUUAAAAGAAUGAAAAAGGAUUUAGGAUUUACUUCAUUCCCAGUCACUGAAAAUGGUAAAAUUGGAGGAAAAUUAGUUGGUAUUAUCACUUCUCGUGAUGUUCAAUUCCACGAAAAUAACGAAGAUUCAGUUUCAAAAGUUAUGACCACCGAUUUGGUCACUGGUAAAAAAGGUAUUACUUUAACAGAAGGUAAUGAAAUAUUAAGAAAUUCCAAAAAAGGGAAAUUACCAAUUAUAGAUUCUGAAGGUAAUUUAGUUUCAUUAAUUUCAUUAACUGAUUUACAAAAAAAUCAAAAUUUCCCACAAGCUUCAAAAUCUUUUGAUUCAAAACAAUUAUUAUGUGGUGCCGCUAUUGGUACUAUGGAUGCUGAUAAAGAAAGAUUGGAUAAAUUAGUUGAAGCUGGUUUAGAUGUUGUUGUCAUAGAUUCUUCUAAUGGUUCAUCAACUUUUCAAAUUAAUAUGCUUAAAUGGAUUAAAAAUAAAUAUCCAGAUUUACAAGUUAUUGCAGGUAAUGUAGUAACAAGAGAACAAGCUGCUUUAUUAAUUGAAUCUGGUGCUGAUGCUUUAAGAAUUGGUAUGGGUUCAGGUUCUAUUUGUAUUACACAAGAAGUUAUGGCAUGUGGUAGACCACAAGGUACCGCUGUGUAUGGAGUAACUGAAUUUGCCAAUAAAUUUGGUGUACCAUGUAUUGCUGAUGGUGGUAUUGGUAACAUAGGUCACAUAUCAAAAGCUUUAGCAUUAGGUGCUUCAUGUGUUAUGAUGGGUGGAUUAUUGGCAGGUACUGCAGAAACUCCUGGUGAUUACUUUUAUAGAGAUGGUAAAAGAUUAAAAUCAUAUAGAGGUAUGGGAUCAAUUGAUGCUAUGCAACAAACUAGUAAUAAUGCUAAUGCAUCAACAUCAAGAUAUUUUUCAGAAUCAGAUAAAGUAUUUGUCGCUCAAGGUGUUAGUGGAUCAGUUGUUGAUAAGGGUUCAAUUACUAAAUUUAUACCAUAUUUAUAUAAUGGUUUACAACAUUCUUUACAAGAUAUUGGUAUUCAAUCACUUUUGGAAUUAAGAGAAAAAGUUGAUUCUGGAGAUGUUAGAUUUGAAUUUAGAACUGCUUCUGCUCAAUUUGAAGGUGGUGUUCAUGGUUUACAUUCUUAUGAAAAAACUUUACAUAACUAG